AUGAUGUAUAAGUCGAGUGAAUUGAAUCCCAUUCCUCCGUCACCACUUCCACUCAACGAUCCACAAGGAUUUUUGUUUCCUACUGUUCCUAUGCCAUCAACCACGCCAAUCACACCACCACCACCACUUUGUCCGACUUUAGAUCCACGACGAGAUUUUGACGAUGUGUGCGUGCGAUAA